AUGGAGAUAGACGAUUGGAUUCCCGACAUCGUGGUGGGAGUGGAUUUUGGUAUGACUUGCACUGGAGUUGCUUACUCGUUUGCUCCAGCAUGGCCAUCGCCCAAAGCCAUCCAGCAUUGGCCUGGAAAAUUGUUCAGCGAGCUCGCAAAUAAAGUCCCGACUCAGAUAGCAUACCGUCAUGCGAGCGGCAGCGACGCUCAAAGCUGGGGAUUCCAGUGCGAGCAUGAGGAUAGCGGCCUUGACGUGAAAGAAUACUUCAAGCUGCACUUAUAUCCACACCAUCUGGACGACCAGCCAGAUGCGCCCAGCCGCGAGGAGGCCCUCGUUUGGUUUCGAGACUAUACCCGCUGCAUCUAUCAGCAUGUUAUCUCGUAUUUUGCCAGCAUAUUUCCCAAUUUCGGCUCACGUCGCGUUGAAUUCAUAUACAGCGUCCCAACCACUUGGAAAGAUCCGCGCAUGAGUGCUGAGAUUGUACAAUACAUGCAAAUAGAUUCACCGAACCAUAGGGUCGUCAUUGGGUUGACGGAGGCGGAGGCGGCAGCGGUUUAUGCAUGCAAACAGCAUUAUGAGAAAGAUGAUGUGAUCCUCAUUUGCGAUGCCGGUGGAGGGACAACGGACGUCAACGUGCUGAGGGUUAUAUCGCCAGUUGGGGAACCUACUAGACUUGAGCCCCUGGACUAUGUUGAAGGAAAACCUAUCGGCUCGGUAUUUAUAGACAAGAGUGUCCACCAACUGGUAUCGCAGAAGCUUGAAAAGAUCCGCCAGUUUCUCCCUGCUCCGCCCCGCGUUAUUGCAUGGAGAAUGUUAUCUGGCAGGUUUGAACGGUUCAAAUGCUCGUUUGGCACAGACACGACGUGGAAGAUUCCUGCAUUAAAGCUGGAUGUUCCCUAUCUGAACCCAGGGUCAGAUUAUCCUGACGCAGGAAUAUACAAUUCUCAAAUAUCUAUUUCCAGACAGGAGCUCCAAAGGUUUUUCGACGUAAAGCUUACCGAGAUGUACUCCCUCCUCGACGAACAAAUUGCCCGCGUUCAAAGAAUGCAUCCUCUGAAACGAAUAUCAUACCUUGUGUUGUCUGGGGGAUUUGGCAGCUCACCUUAUGUGAGAAGAGGGCUUCUGGAGAGAUAUGGAAAUGAGGGUGCGGUGCAUGGCAUUGAAGGGAUGCAAAUUCUCAUAGCAGACGAACCGCAGCUUGCAGUAGUCGAGGGCCUAGUAAUGGAUCGAGCUCAACAGCUCAAGCAGGGAGUUGUGACCCUUGGGUCUCGGCUGUGUCGAGUGAGCUACGGAAUCAUAUGUGAUAAAAUGUAUGAGCCUCAUAAACACCUUGGGGAGCCAGUACGGUACGACGAACGCGACAAAACCACAUACGCGCUCAAUCAAAUUGAUUGGCUCAUUGUUCAGGGCAAUCCCAUCCCACAGGCAGGGGUAAGCAAACAAUUCCAGAAGAAACUUGAGCCGAUGGAGUUAGACAGGCCAUGGAAAGUCAAGUUUGUCAUGUCAACUCUGCCCGCGGAUCAACUUCCCCGAAGCAUGUUUCACGGCGGUGUUAGAACUAUUUGCGAGGUUGAUAUCUUCAUGGACGCUGUUGAUAAGAAGCAAAAGAAUCAUCGUUGGUAUAAUUUCAAGCCUGCUUACUGGAUAAUAAAAGUUAUAGUGAAAGUUGUUGUUGGACCUGCAGACUUGCAGUUUCAGCUAUGGACCAAAGAUGGGCGAAGGAUAAAAAGCAGCAAGCAUGAACCUAUCAGAGUGAAAUGGGAGCCUAUUGUGCAAGAAAUGGAAGGUUAA